CGCAAUUUUCUCUGCAAAAUUCUCAGGCUCCAGUGCACUUCGUUACUCUCUCGCUCUUCUCUUCCAACAGGCUUUCUUCUGGGGUUUUCGGGCUCUACCCUCCGCCAUUGGCUCUCCCUCUCAGUUCGCAUUUGCCACCGGACGCUUUGGCCACUCCCGGAUCUUUUUCGGCUAUGGAGACCGACGAAGGGUCGCGGCACGUGCUUCCCUUUCAGCUACAGUUAGACAAACCUCUGGCUUCUCAGGUGAAGAUGGCGGAGUGGAAUCCGGAGAAGGAUUUGCUGGAGAUGGUCAUGGAGGACUCGAAGGUGGUGCUUCAUUGCUUCACUUGGCAGAGGCUGUGGACGAUCUCUCCUGUAAAAAUGAACAUCAUCAAGUUGCUCAACAGGCUUCCGACAUUGAAGAUUUACUUCAUGUUGUCCGGACAUCAUCAUUGGUCAUGCACAAGCAGUGGGCUGAUGCCAUGGACAUAUUUCAUGAGAAGUUUGAUUUGUUAUGAAGCUUUAUUAAUGACCAUGGAGGAAUUUUUGAGUCUUCUAGGUGGUGCUAGGACCAGUCCUACAGUCCAUCAGUUUCUUGUUAAUUCUCUGGGUGAAGUGGGUAUGAAGUGUGUAUCAAAAGUUGGUUGUGCUGCUGGAAAAGAACUUCUGCUGGUUGUCCUCAAUCAUCUACAGGUUAUCUGAAGCAAGGAUAUGUUCCCAAGUUGCUUCCCAAUCAGAAAGAGAGACUCUAAUCAGAACCUUCACUUUCCGGAUGGCUUCUCAUGGAAAAUCCGUUCUACCACCAACAAUCUCCCUAUUGAGCAGCUUGUGGUGAGACUUUACCAGAAAGAUUGCAUCUAGGGUAGAACCAGUCGUGGCAAGGACUCGAGAGAUUUCGAUUGGUGUCCUCCACUGCUCUUGACGUUUAUGACCUUCUCCAGCAGGAGUGCAUCCCUUGGUAAAAGCAGCAUUGGCAAGGCGAGCUUACAUCCGUCACCUUCUACUUCUUCCAAGUGCAGGAAUUCUGCAGAGGGCAAAAUUCCUCUGCAUUGCAGACAUGAGGAUGGCUGGAUCAGACAUGGCCUGCACAUAUAUUGCUAACUAGACUUAGUGAUCCAUCCGAAGUGUUGAUGAGGAUUAAGCAUAACAGGAAUGAUGUUUGCCGCUCGGCUAGAGAAUGAUUGCAUAUGUUCAAAUUCGAUACCCAAUCAUCACAAAUUGGAAAAUAAAUAAAAAAUGGUGUGCGGGAAGGGAUUCGGUUUCGGACGAUGAUGGCAAAUGACGUGGUUUGAGUAUUUCUAUCCGGCUGAAUGUUUGGAGCUUGGGUGGUGAUGGCUUGGUCAAGUUCGAGCAAGGCCAGUCGUCUCGACAUUUAAGCAAGCGUGAAUGUUCGCUCUUGUGAGAUGUUGAUUUGAAUUCAUCAGCAUAUGUUUUUUAAUUCAAAAGUAAAUGAGGAUGGAUUAUCACAUUCCUUUUUGACAAAUUACAUUCGCAUC